UAUUAAACAAAUUGUUCAAAUUUGUCACUGAGUAAAUUGUCAGCUCUAUUUCAACCAGGCAUAGCUAACAUAAAAACCAGCAACUUUCUAAAUUUGUUCUUUUAUCGUAAAUCAUGUCGAAGUAUAUGGCCAGAGUGGGUCCUGCGGUUUUCUCCAAGCUGGGCAAAUGGGCCUACGAAAUGUCCGGAUUCAAUCAAUACGGUCUGCAUCGCGACGAUUGUCUUUAUGAGAACGAGGAUGUGGCAGAGGCAGUGCGUCGCCUGCCCCGCAAAAUGUACGAUGAGCGAAACUAUCGCAUUCUACGGGCACUCCACUUGUCCAUGACCAAAACGAUCCUGCCCAAGGAGCAGUGGACCAAGUACGAGGAGGACAUCAAGUACUUGGAGCCCUACCUAAAUGAAGUGGUAAAGGAGCGGGAGGAACGCGAGGAGUGGAACAAAACUCAUUGAAAAUCAGUGUACUUAUAAAACAUAGUACUUCAAAAUGAGGUGCACCGUGGUCUGUAAACAGUUGCAAGUAAUAAACCAAACUAAUAAUCAAAAAACUAAGACCAUUAAGACUAUGUUCAAAUGCAUUCACUUUUAAAAUAAAAUAUUGCUUUAAUAUCAUA